UUUUUAAAUUGCGUGCUGUGAGUUUUGAACCUACGUGGCAUCCGUAUCAACUUGGUUAAUUCAAGAUGGCGGCCACCACAGUUGGAAACAAUAUUAUACACAACGACCUCCCUACUGCUGUGCAUCUACUCAACAGUCUCACAGAACAGGUUGCUUCAGUAACAAGUCAUAUCCGGGACCUAAUAAAGAAAGUCAGAGAGAAAGCCUAUCAGACUUCUAAGGGUUUGUCUUUUCUCGACUUGAGAUAUCAUCUGUUAUUGUUUUACCUUCAAGACAUCACUCAUUUGAUCAGUUUAAAGACAGAAGGAGAAAGUCUGAAGGACAACAGCGCCAUCCACAGGCUGGUCACCAUUAGGACGGUUUUGGAGAAGAUGCGUCCACUAGAUCAAAAGCUGAAAUAUCAGAUUGAUAAAUUAGUGCGGACGGCAGUAACGGGCAGCCUUGCUGAGAAUGACCCUCUACACUUUCGUCCUAACCCUCAGAAUCUGGUCAGCAAGCUGAGUGAAUCUGAGAAUUCAGAUGAUGAGAAUGAAGAAGGAAAAUCAAAGGGGGUAAAAGAGCCCUCAACCGGCAGAAAAUAUGUACCUCCUCGAAUUGCUCCAAUGCAUUAUGAUGGAGACAUGACAGACGCAGACCGGCAAAAGGAGCGGAUUGACAAACAGAAGAAAGCGGCACUCCGCAGCUCUCUGAUCCAGGAGCUCCAGCAGCAAUACAGCGACGCUCCUGAAGAGAUCAGAGACCGCAGAGACUUCCAGACUGAACGGGAAAGCAGAGAGGAGCUAAACAGGAAAAAGUAUGAGGAGUCCAUGAUGGUGCGUCUCAGCACGCCACGUGCGAAGAGGAAAAGAGGAAUAGUGGGAAUGACAUCACAGCUUGGUAACAUCACACGAUUCAGUGACAUCACCGCUCUAACAGGGGGAGAAGCACAGGGUAUUGAUCAUUCAAAACCCAAGAAAAAGAAGAAAAUUAUCAAGAAAGGCAAAAAGAAAAUUUUCAGGAAGCGCAAGUAAACCACUGAUGCCAAGGAGAGUUUAAGAUGCAUUUCUUUCCUUGAAAUUAAUCUUUCCUUGGGACCUUUUUUUCUUUCAUGAACAAAAACGUGGAGCCUUAUCUAAAAAGGUUAAUCGCGGUGCCAAUCUUGAUUUGCAUAUGCAUUAGGUUUCUAAUAAAAAAAAGGUGACUGAGUGGCAUGCCUAAUUUUUCGCUGAAGUGUAUUUAGUGGUAAAACAUUCUUGUAAAAGUGGUAGUCAUGAGGAUUUUAAAGGAAUAGUUCACCCAAAAAUUAAAAUUCUGUCAUUAAUUACUCGCCUUCAUGUUGUUCCAAACACUGAGUUCAUAUUCUCAACACAAAUUAAGAUAUUUUUGAUGAAAUCUGAGAGCUAUCUGACCCUGCAUAGACAGCAACGAACCAUGUUUAAGGCCUUGAAAGGUAGUAAAGACAUUGUUAAAAUGUGACAUCAGUGGUUCAACCUUAAUGUUUGAAAUUGAAUAAAGUUGCUAUUUUUGUUUUCUUUGCAUGCAAAG